UCCAAGGAAUGGGGGGAAUCUGCAUUAUUUUACUGCAGUCACUCCUUGUGCUGUUCUUGACAUUCUCACACCCCCUUACAGAGAAGAUGCAGGCAGAAAAUGUACCUACUACCGCGAUUACCCAUAUACUGCCUUUUGUCGCGUCGCAGAGGGAUCAACUACGGAACUACGUCACAAAUCUCCAUGAGCUGUUCGAUUUAAAUCUUUAUGGGGAGUUGAAUAUUUCUCGCUUGGAGAUUAUUGAAGAUGCUAUACCACCCAAAGGAAUAUUGGUCAUGAAGGAAAUUCUUGAGUCAUUGGGAUUAUAUUGGGGUUUUAUUCCGGGAUUUAAAGAUUCGUUUGCCAAACCACCUAAUGCCCCAGCUGAAGUAAGUGUCUCAGGAUCAUAUAUAGCGCUGCAAGCUGAAAAACUUAUUGAAUACCUGCAACCACAUGAAAAUCUGAAAAAUCUAGUUAUAAAUGGGUACCCAGGAACCCAAUUUCCUGACUGGGCUCUCCCAAAUCUUGUCGCCGCUGAUUUCACCAACUGUAGAAGAAGUGAAUAUCUUCCAGCCCUUGGGAAUCUUCCGCUACUUAAGACACUUUCUCUGCAUGGAAUGGAUGGGGUGAAGAAAAUUGGUAGAGAGUUCUAUGGUGACGGUGCAGACAUAUGGUUUCCAUCACUCGAAGAACUAUCAAUAAGUGAUUUUGCAAACUUGGAAGAGUGGUCAAGUGCAAAUGAUGAAAAUGCAUUCUAUAGAUUGAAGAAAUUAACUAUAAAGAGUUGCCCCAAGUUAGCACAUAUACCGUUACCUCAGUCCCUUCAACAUUUGGAGCUGCGGGAUUGUAAUCCUACGAUGAUGCCCAUGGCAGAUUUGAGUUUUCUAUCUGUUCUUAUUCUUGAAAAUAUUCGAGACCUAGUGUCUCUCCCGGAAGGGCUCUUUGCAUCAGCUAGUCUGUCUUCCUUGAAGAUUUUGUCUUGCCCCAAGCUUCAUUCAAUGCCUUUGCAUAUGCAAAACCUUAGUUCUUUGAAAUCAUUGACCAUUCAUUGGUGUGAAGAGCUGUCCUCUCUGCCACAAAGUUUGCAUAACCUUAAAGGUCUGGAGUCACUGGAGAUUAGUGACUGUCACAGUCUAACAUCCCUGCCAAAUUGUGGAAUUGCAGGUUUGGUUUCGCUUCGAACUUUGUCCAUUGAAAACUGCAGUGAACUAACUUCUCUGUCGUCGAGUUUGGAACAGCUCACAUUGCUUGAGCACUUGACCAUCAUGUACUGUCCAAAGCUUGGUUCCUUUCCAGCUGGUGUGCAACACCUCUCCUCCCUUCGAAGUUUGAUCGUUCUAGACUGUCCUUGUUUUGAUUCUCUGCCAGAAGGAUUGGAAAAUGUAAAGACCCUGCACUGCUUGGAAAUGAGUAGUUGCCCCAAUCUAACAGCUUUGCCAGAAUGGUUUGAGGAUCUUGAUUCUCUUAGAUUUGUGACCAUACAUGAUUGUCCUAAUUUAAAACUGUUGCCACCAGGUUUCAAGCUUCUCAUUAAACUCCAGCACCUCUCUAUUCAAGAAUGUCUUGAGCUUGAGGAAAGAUGUAGACGCGGUAGUGGUGAGUAUUGGUCGAAAAUAGCCCAUGUCCCGCAUAAGUACAUUGGAUCGCCUCAGGUCAGGCAGUUUGGCGAAGCGAGCACAGUCAGGCUCUUCCACCUGUCCUUCAACCCAACAAAAUUCAACUUCAACUUCAACACUCUUUAUAUACAUUGGCCUUCCACUCGCAUCCCAAUCUUGGAGGCUUCCCAAUUCAGGAAAACCUAAGUCUUUGACUCUGUGGCUUCAUCUGUACCUCCAUCCUCUGAAGCCUGUCUUUUAAUUCUUGACCCCGUGGCCGCCUUGCAUGGCUGUCACUUGCAACCACAAGUUCCCCUUUACAACUUUCACGGUGGAAGCAGGACCCAUCGUCCUCCAUAGACGUCAGUUACAGCGCAUCCAAACUGCUAUAUCUUUUCCUACAGUGAGGGUACACACAUAUUCCUCAACAUUGUUGUCGGCCUUGCCCAACUCAUCUUUCAGUUUUUCCUCAUACUGUGCAGCCUGUACCUAACGACGUCGUGCAUCUGGGCAUAGUCCAGACAGGAGUAAGCUGUCCCUCCCCUUUGAUCUCUGGCGACCAGUUUUUCCUCUCAAGAAACUGCAGAGUGGAACAAAGUUUCCUUAGGGGCAGUUUCAACUCCCCGGCCAAAUCUUCUUCUCUCAACCAUUGUUGUCUUGACAGCACACCGAGCA